AUGUCGUCUCCCACCAACACGCCAGCAAUGCCUUCAGUACCAGAUUGGGCGCAUCCAACACCGUCACCAUCGUUGAUGGUGCGAAUGCCUGAUCCCAAAGCUUGGCAAGCUCCACAUUUUGGCUCCAUGCUUAAUGGCAAAGCCUUGCCGGGCAUGGACAUGCAGAGCUCUUCUGAAUCUUCCCUCCGCACACUCUUGUCGCAGGUGUGUGCGCCGUUUGUCCAGGGAAUGGUGACAGCGGUGGAGCAGCUAGUGCAACAGGAAGUGGAGCGUCAGGUGAAACUGCUGCGCCAGCAGGAUUGCCAUGCUUCUAUGAAUUGGCCUCGUCGUAUGAGCAGAGAACAGCCGCAACAGCACGCCUAUGGAAAUCCUUCUGAAGGCAUUCCGUUCGGACAUGUGUUUGCACCGCAACAGGCAGACCCUCAAAACCAGAACACAGGCGAGCCUGACACAAUGAAGCUGGCCAACGUGGCAUCAUUGCCGUUGAGGGAAGAAUCCUCUGAGGAUGAGUGUGAGGCUGAUGGAGAUCACAGAGGACAUUUCCAAGCUCUCUUCGGAGGGAAAGCUCCAACGUCACAUUCCAGGUCGUCAUCUUUUUCGGAACGUUCCAAUGCGACUCCAUCUGAAGCGGAUGAUGCAAAACCUCCAGGCUUCAGUGGACAGCGACAGGGCCUGGCAUCUGCGCCCUCCACAGAUGGCCCUGGCGACCCUUUGUAUCUUCAGUGGUCACGAGGCCAGUCACACGGAGAAAGGCCAUCCUUGACACCCACGGUGUCUCCAGUGACCCCACAGGUCUCGCCAAGUGUCGCAGGCAACCAGAGACAAGGGACGAAGCAAUCAGUGGACUCGAGCCACCCCGCUGAUGCCGGGGCAGCGCAGGCGAAGUCAGCAGUUGUUUGCCGCCAUUGGAAGUCCAAAGGUUGGUGCAGACUCGGCGAUGAAUGCAAGUUUGCUCAUCCCGAGCACAAGUGUGGAGCAGGGGCACAGAUCAAAAAGGAGAAGGACAGAGCCAUCACACCCAGCGUUGGAA